UUCGGUGCCGGCUCUUCCUUGGCCGAUCGACGGCGAAGUUCUUUUCUAAUCUGUGGAGUGCGAGUGACCCAUAAGCCAUGAUUCGAGCGGUCAUAGUGAUGAACACACAGGGAAAACCACGCCUGCUUAGAUUCUAUGAGUUCCAGCCGCCAGAGAAGCAGAAGGAGUUGAUUCGCAGCAUUUAUGGAGUUCUGAGCAGCAGAGCAGAUAAUGUAAGCAACUUUGUAAAGACGGAUGCAAUUUUUGGUCAAGAUACACGGGUGGUAUACAAGCACCUAGCAACGCUGUACUUUGUUUUUGUAUUUGACAGUUCUGAAAAUGAGCUAGCCAUGCUGGACCUCAUACAAGUUUUUGUUGAAACAUUGGAAAGAUGCUUCAAGAAUGUUUGUGAGCUCGACCUUGUAUUCAAUUUUAGCAAGGUAUUGUUAGCUGUUCUGGACAAUUUUAACUUAUGCAACUGGCUCAAGAAACUGCUAUUUGACAACUGAUUUGGUUGCUAGAAG